AACUAUAAAGAUUUUCCCUUUCCCUGUUGAUUUUUUCCUUGCAAAGGAAGAAACGCAACAAAUACCCAAUGGCGAAACGAGAUACACCCCAUAAAUCUCACAGCGAUCACGAGUCAACGAAAAAGUCCAAGAAAAGAAAACUUUCCAAGGAAACAAUUGCGAAAACUGCAACAGAAAUUCAGCAUGAUAACAACCAAGUCCUUAAUAACAAUACCCCCUCUGAUAACCCCAGCGAUGUCUCCCAAGCAGAAAUAGACCAGUUUAUGACUACACAUUCCAUCGCAAUCGUCGAUUCGGAGUCUAAGCCCGUCAAUAUCUGUCCCUACAUAUCAUUUGACCACUUGCCUGAUGACGCCGAAGAGGUUUAUGCUCCAUUAAAAUCAUUCAAAUCUCCCACACCUAUUCAAUCUGCAACCUGGCCACUCUUGUUUGAUGGUAGCGAUGUUAUUGGGAUCGCAGAAACUGGUAGUGGCAAGACAUUGGCAUUUGGCCUGCCGUGUGUUCGAAUGAUCAUGCAAGCCAGUCAAUCUAGAUCAAAAUCAUCUAGACCGGCAGCUGUUAUCAUCUCACCAACAAGAGAGUUAGCCAUGCAGAUAUACGAACAAAUGUUGCAGUUUGCCCAACCAGCAUCUAUUCAAGUUGCAUGCAUUUUCGGCGGUACCCCGAAAGAAGAGCAGCGCAAGGCUCUAAAACACGCCGCAAUCGUGGUUGCAACCCCUGGUCGAUUGAAAGAUUUACAAAAUGAUGGCUCAGUAGACCUUGGCAAAGUGAAAUAUCUUGUUCUUGAUGAAGCAGACCGUAUGCUUGACAAAGGAUUUGAGCAGGAUAUCAAAGACAUCAUUGCCUCAAUGCCUGAAUCUAAGCGCCAGACUGUUAUGUUUACAGCAACAUGGCCCCCAUCUGUUAGAGAUCUGGCAAAUACGUUCAUGUCAUCACCGGCUACUGUUACUGUUGGCGGGCACCCGUCCUCUAACCCACGCGCCAACACGAGAAUAAAGCAAACCGUCGAGGUGAUCAGCCCCAGGGAAAAGGAGACCCGUCUUAUACAAUUGCUCAACCAAUAUCAAAGGAAGAACAACGUGAGCGAUAAGAUCCUGGUCUUUUGCCUCUACAAGAAAGAAGCUGUGCGGGUGGAAAGGCUUAUUAGAGCUAAGGGGUUUAAGGCUGCCGGUAUUCACGGUGACCUUAGUCAACAAGAACGGUUCAAAAGCCUGGAUGCGUUCAAGUCUGGAAAUGCCACAAUACUAGUUGCAACAGAUGUAGCCGCCAGAGGUCUUGAUAUUCCUUCUGUUAAGUUGGUUAUCAAUGUGACUUUCCCCUUGACAGUGGAGGAUUACGUUCACCGGAUCGGGCGCACUGGGAGAGCUGGGUCGGACGGUUAUGCAAUCACUUUGUUCACUGAAAUGGAUAAGGCUCAGUCUGGCGCUUUGAUAAACGUGCUUAAAGCAGCAAAGCAAGAAGUUCCCAGUGAUCUCUUGAAAUUUGGUACAACUGUCAAGAAGAAGCAGCAUGAAGCAUAUGGUGCCUUCUUCAAAAAUACUGACGCAGCUGACAAGCCAGCCACAAAAAUUGUUUUUGAUGAUUGAAUCUCCUAUUGGGUUUUGUCUCUCAUCAACUUUAUGGUUUGGCGUGUUCUGUUGUACUGCUCCAUCAAAUAUUGCUUCUCAAAGCAUAGACUAUAAAUACAUUAGACCCCUUUUUUUUAAAAAAAGAAAUUCAAUUGGCAUACUCACAUAACAAGU